AUGGAGACCUUCCUCAGGAAGAGGCUGGCCUUCUUGUCCUUUUUCUGGGACAAGAUCUGGCCGGCCGGCGCACCGCGGUUCCCAGACCCCGACGCUGACCUGGAGCUGGAGCCCGCCGCAGAGGAGCCCAGUACCGCGGAGCCUUGCAGCCCCCCGGCGCCCGCGCAGCUCUUCAGGGCGCUGUGCGACUUCACGGCGCGGCGCGCGGAGGAGCUGAGCGUCAGCCGCGGGGACAGGCUCCACGCCCUCAGGGAGGAGGGCGGCUGCAUUCUGGCCCGCAAGCUCUCGGGCUGGCCCUGCACUGGCCUGGUGCCCAUCACCUACGUGGCCAAGGUGGCCCCUGAGACGCUCUCAGACCAGCCCUGGUACUUCAGUGGCAUCAGCCGAACCCAGGCCCAGCAGCUGCUGCUGUCCCCCCCCAAUGCGCCAGGGGCCUUCCUCGUCCGGCCCAGUGAGAGCAGCCGUGGGGACUUCUCACUGUCAGUCCGGUCCCAGACCAAAGUCUGCCACUACCGCAUCUCCACGGCGGUCGACGGCAGCCUCUACCUGCAGAAGGACCAGCUCUUCCCCAGUCUGGAUGAGCUGCUGGCAUAUUACAAGGCCAACUGGAAGCUGAUCCAGAGCCCACUGCUGCAGCCCUGCGCACCCCAGAAGUCCCUUGAGCAGGACGAGUGGGAGCGGCCCCACUCGGAGUUCACCCUGCGGAGGAAGCUGGGCGAAGGCUACUUCGGGGAGGUGUGGGAAGGCCUGUGGCUGGGCUCCAUGCCCGUGGCAGUCAAGGUCAUCAGACCAGGCGACGUGAAGCUCGCCGACCUGGCCCAGGAGAUCCAAACGCUCAAGAGCCUGCGGCAUGAGCGCCUCAUCCGGCUUCAUGCGGUGUGCUCGGCGGGUGAGCCCGUGUACAUCGUCACAGAGCUCAUGCGCAAGGGCAGCCUGCAGGCCUUCCUGGGCAGCCCCGAAGGCCAGGCCCUGAGCCCACCCUUCCUGCUGACCUUUGCCUGUCAGGUGGCCGAGGGCAUGAGCUACCUGGAGGAGCAGCGCAUCGUGCAUAGGGACCUGGCUGCCAGGAACGUGCUCGUGGGUGAUGACCUGGCCUGCAAGGUGGCCGACUUUGGCCUGGCCCGGCUGCUCAAGGAUGACGUCUACUCCCUGCGCAGCGGCUCCAAGAUCCCCGUCAAGUGGACGGCGCCUGAGGCAGCCAGCUAUUGCGUGUACUCGCCCAAGUCCGAUGUCUGGUCCUUCGGGGUACUGCUCUACGAGGUCUUCACGUAUGGCCGGUGUCCCUACGAAGGGAUGAGCAACCACGAGACUCUACAGCAGAUCUCACGGGGGUACCGGCUCCCGCGCCCGGCCGCCUGCCCGGCUGAGGUCUAUGCGCUCAUGCUGGGGUGCUGGAGGCGCUGCCCGGAAGAGCGGCCAGACUUCAUCACACUGCGGGAGAAGCUGGGCACCACGAGCAGGCGCCACUGCCCCACCCUCACAUGA